AUGGCAACUUCCAUGUUUCAAAUCUGCUUGGAUCAUUUAAACUGUGUGGUGUUGAUUCUGACAUGUGGAUCGUCGUUGGUUGUUCAGGGAUGUGUGACAGCAGCAGACUGUAGUGUUAGUCAAGUUUGCUGCGAUGAUGACUGUGUGGAUGGCUCAAGUUGUGUUGGCCACGUUUGUUUUUUCGAUUCCAACUGUGCCUGGGGCGAAAGCUGUUGCGGAACUCCUGGUGUAUGUGUUCUAGGUUCAAAUUGUUUAGGACAAGCAUGUACACCUGACGGUACUGGCGGAAAAAUCUGCUCCGGAGGAGAAAGCUGUUGUAGUAGAAAGUGCAUCAAUGGAAGUGUCUGUAUUGGGUCAUCCUGUUCGAAGGACUCCG